AUGCACUCUGUCGUGCACUCUGUCUUGCACUUCGUUGUGCACUCGGUCUUGCACUCCGUUGUGCACUCUGUCGUGCACUCCGUUAUGCACUCUGUCGUGCACUCUGCCGUGCACUCCGUUGUGCACUCUGUCUUGCACUCCGUAUCCCUUUUCUGUCUUUCCUUAAUUUUGUUAAUUUCUUUUAUAUUACCAUUGUUCUUUCUUUCUUUCUUUCUUUCUUUCUUUCAGCAUCAUGAACUUUUCAUACACUUUAUUCUGUUUAGUUAUCUUUCUUUCUUGCUUGCUUUCUUUCUUUUAUUUCCUUCCAUUUUUAUUUUUCUGGAAAAUUUCCCUUCAUUUUGUUUCUUUCUUUUUUUCUUGUCUCGAUUUCUCUUCAGUGCACUACACCUUUCUUUCUUUCUUUCUUUCUUUCUUUCUUUCUUUCUUUCUUCUCUUCAUUUUUCUUCAGUGCACUAUGCUUCCCUUUCUUUCUUUCUUUCUUUCUUUCUUCCAGCUUACUGCACCUUUUUUCAGCGCCUUUCACAUGUCUUUCUUUCUUUCGUUCUUUUUUUCAUUCGUUCUUUCUUUCUUUGCCCGCCAUUAUUCUUUUUCUUGAAAACUUCCUUUCAUUUUCCUUGUUUCUUUCUUCUGUUCAUUUUUUCUUCAGUACACUACGCCGUUCUUUCUUUCUUUCUUUCUUUCUUUCUUUCUUUCUUUCUCCUCAUGCACUUUUUGUGCUUUAAAUCUUCCUCUUAUAUCCUUUCUUUCUUUCUUUCUUUCUUUCUUUCUUUUCUUUUCUUUCUUGAAAGCUUCUUUUCAUUCUUUUAUCGCAGUAGACCUUUCUUUUUUUUAGCCUCAGCGCUAUACCCCUUUUUCUUUUUCUUCAAACAUACUUUCAUUUUCCUUCUUUUUAGGUUUAUUUAUUUCAUUCUUUCUUUCUUUCAUUCUUUCUUUCAUUCUUUCUUUCUUUCUUUCUUUCAUUCUUUCUUACUUUCAUUCUUUCUUACUUUCUUUUACGAUUAG